AUGGAUUUCCAGGCAUUGCAGUCGACGCUGACGGAGGCGCGUUCGGGCUCUUCUUUGGCAAAGUGUGUUUCGUUUAAUCAACGCUACGAACUCGUGGAGGAGAUUGGAAAAGGGGCGUACGGGACUGUCUGGAAGUGCCACCGUCGGUUUGACCCGCUGCGAUGCCCGUACGGUGUGAAAAUCAUCAACAAGAAGCAGGCGGGCUCGAAAGGGCUUAAAGGGGUGAUGGGGGAGGUGGAGACGAUGAGCCUCCUCAUUCACCCUAACAUUGUGCGGCUCGAAGAGACGUUUCAGGACGAGGAAAAUCUGUGGAUUGUGAUGGAGUAUAUGCCAGGGGGAGAGCUGCGGCACGCCCUUCUCCGCGAUGGAAGUUUUAGUGAGACAAAGACGCGCCGUAUCACGACGCAGCUGCUGCUGGCGCUGGAGUUUAUACACCAAAAGGGGAUUGUCCACCGCGACCUGAAGCCGGAGAACUGCCUGCUUUCGGGGGGCGAUUUGGUGUGUAAGAUAUCCGACUUUGGUUUUUCCGUGCUUGUGUGGUCGGACCAAUGCCUCAUGUCCUUCUGCGGCACCACCGUCUUUAUGGCGCCGGAGAUAUUUUGCGAGGCCAGCUACGGCAGACCGGUGGACAUGUGGGCGCUAGGCGUGAUGGUGUAUCUUAUGGUCACCGGGGAGUACCCGUUUGCGGGGCGAAACCAAAAGGAGAUCAAAGAGGCAAUUUGUAGCGCGCGUUGCAACCUAAAAACUGGAAAGAUAGCGGAUACGUCGACAGGGCUGCGUGACUUUAUCUCAAAGCUGCUCGUCGCGGACCCCACCCGCCGCCUUAGCGCGCGUGAGGCUUUGAAGCAGCCGUGGAUCAAAUUAGGCAUGAAUAUGGGGGAGUCCAUAGUAGAGGAGGCGGAACCGGAAAAACGCGGUUUGCGACCUCGAAGUAUUUUUAGGGCCGCCGUCAUUGCGCUUAUGGCGGCUCACCGCCUGUGUUAUCUUCGCUACUGUCGCAUGCUGGAGCGGAAUGCCUGUGGUGCCUGUACAAUAUUGCGCAACUUUCGUUUUGCGGUGUCAGGGGUGUAUGAGCCGCCCUCCCCCACGCUUGACUGCAGUGGCGUGUUUGCGAAGUGCCCGCGCGGGGUGAGCCUUUUGCUGCCCAUGGUGGAGGCCAGCCGCACCAUCGAGGCACUUGACGUGAGCAACAACAACAUCGAUAGUCUCACUGUGUUCCAGCAGUUGGCAAAGACGGUCAGCCAACACCCAACACUGCUCUCGCUGAACUUGUCCUUCAACCCUGUUCCGGCGCUCGCCGGUCGCGCACUGCUGCGCAUUGCGCGGAGCCCGCAGUCGAAGCUGCUUCACUUGGGGCUGGACGGGACGUUCAUCACCGCCGAGACUCUCUCGCAGAUAGCCGCCGCCCUCAAGGAGAAGUCUGGCGCGUCCCCCGCCGCCGCCCUCACCCCCCAGUUGACUCCCGUGGCGCGCACCCUGGAGCCCAACAGCUCCACGCAGCUGAAGAACUUCCGGGUCCCCAGCCCGCGGCAGCAGCUUGGGCUGGUGCACUCCUCCUUCUCCCGCCUGCGCUCCUCGCAUCCGUCCGCGCCGCGCCUCCCACCCAUCUCUCCUGCGAAACGCCGCUUGGAGAAGUAA